CUUUAAUAAGGCAAAUCUGGCCGUUCACCAGUGUUGCCUAAACUAAAUAAUGGGUGCUGAGAUUAGUACACUCGUACGGACACGCUUAGAACACCAGAAUUUAGAUGAGUUGCUGGAUGAUAACCAAUUAAUGGCAGAAUGCCAUCGAAAAGUCCAAGAAUUAAGUGCGAACACUCGUCAAAAUCUUCAAUGUCUUUUCGCUCCAUUGGAUGCUCGACAAAAGUCUAAGAAGAGCGCAAACAGACUCGAUUCUUUACAGCGGAUUCGUAAGGAUGACAUCAAACUGCCAGCAGAUGUCGCUAGUCUUUUCGAAACAUGGAAAAACCAGCCUGCAAUUUUCACGAGUUACGGUCACCUAACAACUCCAAUGGAACCUGGUGAGCACUAUCGCUACGCACUUACGGUAAGGACUUCUAUCUCGUCGCGAAAGAUUUUAUGGCGUUUUGUGGCAACAAUCUAUCACAAAUUGGUGUCUGCAUUGCACAAGUCGAAGAGGUUUAGCACCAGGUCAGAAGUUAUGGACUUUCUAGUUGCAAGUAUCCACCGAUCAUCAGGUAGUCCGCCUGAUGAGAUCCGUGAGAACAUCAUGGCAUGGGCCAAAGAAGGGUCGAAAUACUGGUGUAUUGCUCUGAAAUUAGGCUGCAUCGGUUGCUAUUUUUACCUUCCUGAAGUUGCAGAAUCAAUUUGGUGGAAAUACCUUAAAAAAGACAACGCCGAACAACUUGCAGAACUCCUCUCCGAAUAUGGCAUCCUUGAAAAGACGAAAGAAACGGGAGCAGCCCGGCUAGCUCAUGACGUAGAGCAUUUACUUUUGAUGCCAUUCUGGUCGGAGGUGAUUAUUCCUGCAAAUACACAACGAGCGUUACCUCCCCAUCUAAGAGAUGGUGGUGCUGCUCGACCGGAUGAGCGUGUAAAGCUCGCGGCUGUGUUUGAUCCUCCCCGAUGGAUCCAGAGAUGUUGCGAUGAUCAACAUUUGGAUCAACAGCACAACCAGGAGCGCAAUAUACACCUGCCAAUGCAGUUGACUGAUCAAAAUAGUAGCCACGGCAAUAACGAGAUAAGCAUGAUCGAUGUUAGUUUCGCGCAAAGCAAUCAUGUCGCUUGGCCAGAAGCGGAAGUACUCAUGCUCAAAGCUCGUGCCUGGGAGAGCUUGAAUCGAAUCAUACCGCAAUGCCUGAAUCUCAGUAUCUUUCGCGAUACCAACCUACAACCCAAGCUCACUGUCUGGCUUGACAGAGACUUUGCUAGCUGGAUGGCUUUACCACAAAAUGACUGCGUCCUCCCCAUCCCCUCAAGACACCCCGCCGCAUCAGAUCAAAAUUCUGAUGUUCCUCAAUUUCCGAUUCAGGCUUCGCAGGGCGUGGCAUUGACUCCUAGACUUGACUACUGCCUUGAUCUUGCGCUGUGGUCAUGGAUUGUAAGCCUACGCCUAAAGAACUGCACUCUUACCGUGCCACGAUCAACAUAUGGACCUGCAUUUUGCACAAUCCCACUGGAUUACAACGUUGCCGAAUCUCUUGCGGAAAAUGGUAUCCUGACUUCAGGAGCAAGCUUUAGUGAUGUUGUACCGGUCACGUGA